AUGAAAUUUUUAACCACAAAUUUCGUACAAUGUGCCGUUAAAGGUUGUCAAUCAUCAUCGGUCUCAUUUCCAUUAAAAUACGAAGAAUGUCAACUAGUUCAAGAAGAACAAGAAUUCAAACCUGAUUUCAUAGUACACAUGUUAGACAAGCUUGAUUGGAAUGCAGUAAUAUCAGUGGCUAGAGAUUUGGGGAAUGAUUCAUUACCUCAAACAAAACCUGAGGGUUUAGAUCCAAUUAUGGAAGAUGAUCAAGUUGUGUUACGGGAUCUACAUACCUUGUUAGUUGAGACUCAGUUGAUUGAAGGGAAAAUGACUUGUAAUAACUGUCAUCAUAUUUACUAUAUCAAGAAUUCGAUACCAAAUUUCCUUUUACCACCCCACCUUGCUAAUUGA